GUUUUUAACGGAGCUUUAUUACUUAGCGCAUGUGUAGCCUUGUGACUCGUCAGACCCACGUGUGGCAGUGUAUUAACGAUUGGUGUGUGCAGGUGCGGAUGAGACGUCUGAUUUCAAUAAUCUGAGUAAAAUUUGAUAUCAUCAUGUCGGGAGAUCAACUGAAGCUUGGAGAGAAGAUUAUAGAGGGCAAGACAAAGGUUGUCACAAGUCUGGUAGAUUUCCCCAAUCAGGUCUUGCUUCAGUCGAAGGAUCGGAUCACUGCCGGAGAUGGGGCACGUGCCCAUGAUAUGGAGGGCAAGGCUGCAAUCUCCACAGCAACUACAGUGGCCCUCUUCAACCUGCUGAAUAGUGCUGGUGUCAAGACUCACUUCAUCAAACAGAACAGUGACACUUCUUUCAUGGCGUACAAAUGUGGCAUGAUACCAAUCGAGUGGGUCACUCGCCGGGUUGCUACAGGAUCCUUUCUCAAGAGAAAUGCUGGCGUGAAGGAGGGUUACAGAUUCUGUCCCCCUAAGCUGGAGACCUUCUAUAAGGAUGAUGAGAAUCACGAUCCACAGUGGUCGUACGAGCAGUGUCUGGCAGCCAACAUGGAGGUGGGAGGAGUGAAGAUAGGGCGCUACGAAAUAGAUGUCAUGGGCAAGAUGACUGUCGCCGUCUUUGAAAUCUUGGAGAGAUGCUGGGCUUCACUAGACUGCAGCCUGAUUGAUAUGAAACUAGAGUUUGGUGUGAGGUCCGAUACAGGUGAGAUUGUUCUUGCGGAUGUAAUUGAUAGCGACUCGUGGCGACUGUGGCCAGCGGGCGACCGGCGCCUGAUGAAGGACAAGCAGGUUUACCGGGAACUGAAGGAGGUGACCCAGGAGGCGCUGGACAUGGUCAAACGGAACUUCCAGUGGGUGGCUGAGAGAGUUGAGAAACUUUCACCCAAACCCCACGCACGUGCUGUAGUUAUCAUGGGCUCCCCCACCGACUCUUCGUUUGCGGAGAGAAUCAAGUCUACCUGUACUGCGUACGGCGUGCCAUGUGAGCUGAGAGUGUCGUCUGCCCACAAGUCGACAGAUGAGGUGCUUCAGAUCCUAGCUGAGUAUGAGGGAGAGGGUAUUCCAACAGUAUUUGUUGCUGUGGCUGGAAGGAGUAAUGGCCUGGGACCAGUAUUGUCUGCCAACUCAACAUGGCCGGUGAUUAACUGCCCCCCAGUCACAGGGGAGUGGGGGGCACAGGACAUCUGGUCAUCGCUACGGUUACCAUCAGGCCUUGGAUGUGGAACAGUCCUGUCUCCUGAAGCUGCUGGUCUCAAUGCUGCUCAAAUUCUGUCCUUGUCAGAUCAUGUGAUCUGGAGCAAGCUACGUGCGAAAAAGCUCAAUACCUGGGUCACGUUAAAGACAGCAGAUCGCAAAGCAAGAGAUGACAAGUAAUCACAAAGUGGAGUGACACAUUUUAUCAAAAUUUAUGUCCUGUUCAAGAUGUUGUUUUGUAUUUUGUUGACUGACAUUUUGCAUAGACAUUAUGGCGUCCCAGGGAUAUUUCAUUGACCUGGACAAUUUGAGAUCACUUCGUUCCUUACAUACAGUCUUCACAAGAUAUGUUUUUUAAAUAUCCUGAACAAGUUUAUGCUGUAGAUCUGAAAAUGGUUUUGUUUUUUCAUUGAUUAAGUAUUGUUACAUGACUUAUGUUUCUGAGCAGAUUUGAUCUGUUGAUUUGGCUGCCAUUACUAUGUGUCAAGUAUUUCUGAAUGAGAUUAUAUUUCUGUGCAAUCAUGAAUCAUUUGUCAUCUUAGGCAACGCAUCAGAUGAGGUUGUAAGAGCAGACGUGUGAACCAUCUAGUUUCUGGAAGUGCACAUGCUGUAAUUAAUUUUUUCCAAAUGUUUGACAUUUUGGCAUGCAUGGAAAUAAAUAAACAUUUUUGCAAUAAAACAUUUUAUGUUCAAUAAUGUACCUGUUUGACUUUGACCCGUUUUGGUGAAACAGUGGAUUGAAUGGUCAAGAUGGCCAACAUGAAUCACAUAUAGAUGCAUUAAAAUGUAGUUGAGUCCA